UUUGCUAGCCUCUGGUCGCAUCGUCCGUGAACGCACAGUCGCGGUGUUCUGGGUACGAGUGUGACAAUGGUCAGUGCACAACGUUUUCUUCUGCUCGCUGUAACGAUGUCGACGACUGCAUUGACGGAAGUGAUGAGGAAGGCUGCGUGGACCUUGGUCUUGCCAUUGGCCUAACUAUCUUCUUCUUCAUCCUCUUCUGCGUCAUUGCACCCAUCAUCAUAUGCGUCUGCAUCUGGCUUUGCGUGGCUGGAGCCUUUGGAGCAGCUUUCGGAGGAGGGUCUCACAGAACCGUGACAACCGUUCAGACUACACCCGUCACCAUGGGCACUACACCAGUUGUUGCAACAACCAGUACUACUGGUCAAGUGAAGACUGACUAUCCUCCACCUUACAAUACUGGAGCUGCCUACCCUGCCCAGUCUGGCUACCCUGCACAGCCCUACCCUGCCCAGCCCGGUUACCCUCCACAGGAGUACCCGCCACAACAGGUGGCCUACCCUCCUCCUGAUCCUGGCUACCCCACUCAGGCAUCCUACCCUCCUCAGUAGAUGUGGCCUUGCCUUAGUGCACACAACUUAAUUGACCUAUUUGACUGAUGUAUCUAUCUUCUUUACUAUGCUGUGCAUUUACCCAAUUGUGCGCAUGCGCGCAUUGUCACGUGAGCUGCAAAUGUGGGUGGGGCUCGAAGUUAUCUUGUAUACAGCUAGCUGCUCUAGUCCCGUUUGCCGUGCCAUGAAUUUGGCGGUACGACUUUCUGUUACAGGUCUCUUUGCCAUCUCACUGGCUGUGUCCGCCAUCGCUGGCUGUCCGUCCUCUGACUUCGACUGUGACAACGGAAACUGCGUCCAGGCCUCGCUCGAGUGCGACGGACGCGACGAUUGCCAUGACAACAGCGACGAGAAAUACUGCAGUACAGCAACUGUGAUAGGAAUAGCUACAGGUGUCGCCCUCGGGUUUCUCGUCAUCUUCAUUGCUAUCCCCAUUCUCACUUGUCUCCUGGUCUGGUGUUGUUUGGUGGGGCGAAGAACACGCAGACCGACGUCUCCAGAUAUGUACCACGUCCAGUCAACGUCGUCAAUGACUAUUAUAUCUUCAAAUGGAAUACAAGAUGAAAUGGUAGCUCUUGUUUCAAAAGAAGAUGACGAGUGGCGUCCACAAACAGACUAACUUUUUUUCUCCUUCACAUGUUUUUUUCGUUCAUCUCCAACUAUUAUUACAUGUCUAUCACAAAGUGUUUUUGCAGGUAACCAUCAUGCAUCCAUCAGAGCCGGCCGUAGAUACGCAUGCGCGCGUGGAUGUAAUCACGUGAUGUAUAAGCGUAUGCAAUGAUGUAAAGGGGACGUCCCUUCUAAAAAGUCAGCUCACAAAACUCGACGAACGUAUACACUACACGAAGUGUAGUGGGUCUUGCAGCCUGCGCCAUGGGUUCUUUCACUCUCCUUUCAGCUGUCUUGGUAGCUGUACAAGUGGGAAUUACCUCUGCGGCGUGCUAUGAUUCGACCAGUUCGAGUGCACCAGCGGCCAAUGUAUCUCCAGCUCUCAGAGAUGUGACGGCUACCACAACUGCUACGACUGGAGCGACGAGGCAGACUGUUGUAGCAGCUACGAGUCUACUUGCAGAGACGGCAGUUGCAUCUACAGUUUUGAGAAGUGUAAUGGACGCCAGGAUUGCGGCGAUGGAAGCGACGAGGCGGACUGCUGUACCAGCGACCAGUUUACCUGUGACGACGGGACGUGCGUCGGUAGCAAUCAUAGAUGUGACGGCAUUAGAGAGUGCAGCGAUGGAAGCGACGAGGCGGACUGCUGUACCAGCGACCAGUUUACCUGUGACGACGGGACGUGCGUCGGUAGCAAUCACAGAUGCGACGGCAUUAGAGAGUGCAGCGACGGAAGCGACGAAGACAACUGCGGUGAGCUUCAACGACUGAAGCGGCUUAGCAUGAGUAGGGGAAAAUGUCGACUAUUGAAAAGUAUAUGAGUAGCCUGUAGGUAUACACCCAGCAUAUACGAGGAAUGAAGGUAAAACACACAAACACAGUACAAAACUAAUGAACAAGAGUGUGAUGAAUUUGGAUGUCCCUACCUACACAUGCAUAACCUGCUAUGUGCUGGUAUUUGGAAUGUGUGUGGUAUAGAUACUGUAGACGUCCCUAUAUCUUUGUGCAAGUAUAAGAGGUGUGUGUUUGUUGUGGGUGUAUGUACAGCCCCAUGUUAUCAUUUCGAGUGUGAUGAUGGAGAUUGUCUGACUGGAGACUAUGAAUGUGACGGAUAUGAAGACUGUAGCGAUGGAAGCGACGAAGACAACUGUGGAAGUGCAGGUUAGGAAAUCAUCUCUUCUCUCCUCUCUUCUCACUCUGCCUUUUCUUACACCACAACUGUCUACAGUUCAACCAACAUUAAUGGAAUACACCCCUCCACCCCCCACACACACAUUACAGAAAUAGUGGUCGGUUGCUUGGGUGUAGGGAUUGGGGUGCAUUUGACUGUCUUUUUUUGCUAGCAUGACACAAUAAUUUUAACACACACACACGACACAGCAGAUAUAGGCCUUAUCAUUGGACUGACUGCACCCUUUGCUGCCAUGGGACUAAUAGCCUUCAUCUGUGUGUCUGCUGCCUGCUACUAUGGCGACGACACCGAAGUGUCCGUGUUCCCGUCGCGUCGCACGAACGCCCGCGAGACACGAAGUGAUCAUGGUGACUUGUAAUAAUCUCCAAUCGUCGUCGUCGUCGGGGGCAACGACCAAUCGGUUUGUGGACGGUUCGUCGAUGGGACAGAUUGGGUGCUACAACGCCCCACCAGCCUACUCUGUCACUCCUGACCCUGCUGAACUGGCUGCAGUUGACCCAUCGCCUCCACCUCAGUACUCAUUCGAUAGCCCACUCACAAACGCUGCCCCCACACUUGCACCUACAGAAACCAACAGCUCUGAAACUCUCUCACCGUCUCCCACCCCCUCUGCCCCCUCCCCUCUCUCGGAAUCUCUGUCUGAGGAGGAUUUCCCUGUAAUUAUUAGCGACCAGGAUCGCCAACCUUUGCUUCAACAGUGAUUGCUUGUUUUGCAGUAUGUUGUGUUUUUGGGCAACUGACUAUUCCAAUAUGGUGUUGCUUUUUUUAGAGCAUUUAUUAGCCAGUUAUUAUAUAGUCAUGUGACUAUAAUUAUCAUUCCGACAAUA